CGGGCCGGGCCGCGGCCCAUGGUGCUGCCCACCUGCCCCAUGGCGGAGUUCGCGCUGCCGCGGCACAGCGCCGUCAUGGAGCGCCUCCGCCGGCGCAUCGAGCUGUGCCGGCGCCACCACAGCACCUGCGAGGCCCGCUACGAGGCCGUGUCGCCCGAGCGCCUGGAGCUGGAGCGCCAGCACACCUUCGCGCUGCACCAGCGCUGCAUCCAGGCCAAGGCCAAGCGCGCCGGCAAGCACCGGCCCGCGCCCGCCGCGCCCGCCGCGCCCGCCGCGCGCCUCGACGCGGCCGACGGCCCCGAGCCCGCACGCCCCGGCGCGCAUCUCCACGACGCGGUGAAGCGCAACCUGGAUAACACCAGCUCCCCGCAGAACGGGGACCAGCAGAACGGUUACAGCGACCUCUUCGCUGCUGCUGCCGCCGCCGCUGCCGCCGCCGCCGCUGCUGCUGCCGCCGCCGCCGCCGCGACGCCCGCUGGGGCGGGCCCCAAGAAGACCCGGCGCGAGGCGCCCACCGCCUCCCCGCUGGCGGCGCCCGCGGAGCAGACCGAGGCCCCGCGGAAGGCAGGCAGGGCCGAGGCAGGCGGCGCCGAGCCCCCCGCGCUGGCCCGCGACCUGAAGCAGGAGCCGGCCGACGAGCUGCCCUGCGUGCUGGCGGGCGCGGGCGCCGCCCUGCAGGGCAACCUCAUGCCCGACCUCAACCUCAACGAGCAGGAGUGGAAGGAGCUCAUCGAGGAGCUCAACCGCUCCGUGCCCGACGAGGACAUGAAGGACCUGUUCGCCGACGACUUCGACGACAAGAAGGAGCCCGAGCCGCCGCCUGCGCCCGCGCCCCCCGACGUGCACGUCAAGAGCGAGUUCGAGGCCGAGCGCCGCGCCCGCGGCUCCCCCGGCUUCCUGGUGCCCGACGGCGCCGCCGCGCAGCCCCUCUUCCACGUGGCCGAGCUGCCCACGCCGGGGCUCCUGCCGCCCGCCCCCACCACGUCUGCCCAGCACGCCCUACCCGGCGUGGGGCUGCCGGACCCAGGCCAGACCGCCUCCUCCGAGCUGUCCUCCGCGCACCAGCUGCAGCAGAUGGCCGCCAAGCAGAAGCUGCUGCAGAACCCGUCCUCCGCCGCGCCGGCCCCAGGCUCCCUGGUGGGCUCCUGGUCGGCCGCCGCAGCCCACGGGGCCUUUGGGGGGGCCUACCCCCUGGACAAGGCGGCCAGCCCGCCCGGCUACAGCAAAGCCGACUUCGGGGGCUCUGCCCUCCUGUUGGGGCCCGGCGGGAACCAGGGCUCCCCGCGGCCCCCCAAUGCCGGCGGCCCCUACCUCCAGGCGGGCCACCACCACGGCACCCUCUUGGGCCACACGCCCGGCGCCGGGACCCCCAGCUCCGGGCCCGCGCCGGCCUCAGUGCUGGACUACGGUAACACCAAGCCUCUGUCGCAUUACAAAGCUGACUGCGGGCAGCCCGGCGGGGGCCAGGGCAAAGCCACCCUCACGGCCUCCUACCUGCAGCCGGCGCUGCCCCCGCUGGGCACCGAACAGAACGCACUGUUCCUGCUAAAGGCCAAGGCGGGCGCCGGGCCCUUCCGCGCCCUUCCUGCUGGUCAGGAGCAGACGCCCUCCAGUGUCCCCGUGGCCACCCCUGCUGGUGGAGUGGGCGGGGCUCAGGUGGCGGCGGGGGCGCACGGCAGCGCCCCCUACCUGAGCGGCGCGCAGCAGGCGGCCGUGCUGAAGCAGCACCAGAUGCUCCUGGACCAGCAGAAGCAGCGCGAGCAGCACCACUUCCUGCAGAGGCAGCAGCAGCUGCUGGCCGAGCAGGAGAAGCAGCAGUUCCAGCGACAUCUGACGCGCCCGCCUCCCCAGUACCAAGACCCGAAUCAGAGCAGCUUCCCUCAGCAGGUUGGAGCAUUCCCAGGCUCCUCGACGGCCGUGCCUGGCAUGAGCAGCUGCCCGCGCGCCUUCUCCCAGCCCGGGAACCUCAUGUCGCUGGGCCCCGGACUCGCGCCCACAGGCUCCGGCCCGCAGGAGCGUGGGGUGCCACCCUUCUCCGCCGGGCCCCCCACUCUGCCCCAGCAGCCGCAGCCUGGGGGGCUGUAUAGCCUGAGCCCUGCCAACGGCCACGCUCACCUGCCCCGCCCCGGGGGCAGCGCUGGGGGCGGUGCCUACGGGCAGAACUCGCUGGGGGGCGCUGGCCUGCCGCCCCCGCACACCAAGGGGAGCCUGGCGAAGCCCCCCGCCCCGCGGGUGUCGGCCGCUCUGGGGGCCCAGACGCCCGCCUGGCAGCACCAGGGGCUGGCGCCUGGCUUGAGCGCCCAGAGCCCGGGCGGGGCGGGCGCGGGCGCCCCCUUCUCCCCCGCAGCGCCCGCCUUCCACCUGCCGGCGUCGCAGGCCCACCUGAAGGUGAGCGGCCCCCCGUUCCCGCAGCCCCUGCCCAGCCGGCCCCUGGCGCCCCCCGGGAGCGCGCCGCCACCGCCACGGGCCAGCGCGCCCACUGCGGGCGCCCCCCAGCCGGGCCUGCCGGAGCUGGGGGGCUUCAGCCAGAGCCCCGGGCCCACGCUGGGUGGCCGCGGGGGGCUACCGUGCACCCAGGCCUACCAGGUGCGCGCAGCGGGCGCCGCCACCGAGCUGCCCUGCCCCUUCGCGGGGGACGGCGACCUCAUCGACUCGCUGCUGAAGAGCCGGACGUCGGAGGAGUGGAUGCGGGACCUGGAUGACCUCCUGGGGCCCCAGUGACCGGGGCCUGCUGCAGGAGCAGGACCGCAGUGACGGGACCAACAGCCUCCUGAGGGCCAGGCGCUCUCGCCCCGCCCUAUCCGGCAGGCCCCCCACCUCUGGGGCCCGAGGGGUCCUACCCUCCGGACCAAAACACGCCCAUGGCCCAGGUCAAACACAGAAAUGGGGGUCCCCUGCCACAGCACCCCCGGGGAGGUUUCGGCAAAGCAGAACCUUUGCAGUUUGUAGCUGAGAGAAGAUGAAUUUUUGUAUUUUUUUCCAACUUGUGAGAUGUGAGAUUAGAAGGUAGGGGUGCAGUUGAUCGAGUGGGGACACCCCGUUCACUGCUGCCUUGGAAGGCCCAGCCUCUUAAUUCUGCCUCUCCGGCUUCGGCGGGUCAGUGCCCAGAAUGGAAGGAGGCUGCCCUGGCCCUGGAUCCGCGCCUUGGCCGUCCCCCGCCGCGCCCACCCCCAGACAGGGAGGCUGGAGCUCCGGAAUCCGGUCCCGCAGUCUCAACCUGGCGCCUUCUGCGGUUGCC